UCGGGUCGUGUCCCUCCCCUCUCUACGCUUUUGGUACCGCCCGCCCCCAUCCGUGUUCAGCACGGUGGGCGCGCCCACGGGGCGGGAAGGGGGCAAGUUGAGGAAACGAUGGCGGUGCCCCCGCUGCCUACGCCGCGCUUCGAACACGUGGGUCCGCAAGGGCCGUUCCGGGAGGUGUACGAGCCGGCCGAGGACACCUUCCUGCUGCUGGAUGCUCUGGAGCAGGACGCGGCCGGCCUGAGGGAGGCUCGAGUUGAGAUCUGCCUUGAAAUAGGAUCUGGAUCUGGUGUGGUUUCAACAUUUCUAGCUUCUUCCAUUAUCGGAGCCAGUGCAUUGUAUAUCUGUACAGAUAUCAACCCAAUGGCAGCUUACUGUACACAGGAGACAGCUCUGCUCAACAAUGUUCACCUUCAGCCAGUGAUUACUGACUUGGUUAAAGGACUGUCUCCAAGAUUAAACGGGAAGGUCGAUCUACUGCUAUUUAAUCCACCAUACGUGGUAACUUCUUCUGAAGAGGUGGGAAGCCAUGGAAUAGAAGCAUCCUGGGCCGGUGGCAAAAAGGGCAGAGAAGUAAUGGAUAGAGUUUUUCCAUUAGUACCAGACCUACUUUCACCAGGAGGAUUAUUUUAUUUGGUCACAAUUAAAGAAAAUAAUCCAGAUGAAAUUCUGGAAACAAUGAAGAAAUGUGGCUUAGAAGGCACACGAGUACUUUCCAGACAAGCAGGACAAGAGAUGCUUACUAUCCUCAAAUUUAGGAAGUCUUGAUAACUGCUUUUAUUCUUCAAGCUACUAGGCAUGCAGUUGAACACCAGAGCAUUGAACUUGUCACAUCAUUUUUUGAGCCAAGAUUUUCACUCAUGUAAGGUGUAGAUUUACUUCCUGAUUACUGCAGUGAAACUGAACAGGACUCCAUUUAUAUUUUAUUCUUGAUGUUAACCAGCUGUUUCCUGUUGUGAGGGGUACAGUGAUCCUCUGGCUAUCCACAGGACAGUUGUGGGGGAACUGUGAAAUACUCUACCCUGCUGCACUUGCACUUAAGCACUGAAGAUU